AGGGCUAGCGUACUGACAUACUAGCCAGGAGCUUUUUUCUCGCGUUUUUUGGGCUUUUUAGGGCAUUCAGGUGCUAGAGGUUGUGUUCUUGGGCCAAAUUGCUGCUCUCUAAUAGCUCAGCGAGAACCAGUGGCGCGUGCGGAACGGCAGCCGUCAGCUCCAGCACCCUAGCAAGUGGCAGGACACAGCCGCGCGGCGGACGCGGCGGACCAUGUCGGCCCUCGACCAGGCCCUCAGACAGAUCCCCUUCGGCUACGAAGCGAACCGCGUCCGCUCCGACGUGCAGCACGCCCUGAACUCGCCGCUGUUGGACGCCGUGCCGAGCGUGCGCGAGCGCGAGCGCAAGAAGGCUCUGUCAGUCGUCGGCACUCUGGUCAUCCGCUACCGAGGCACGCCCUACAACUUGCCCAUCGAACUCGUGAUUAACGCGGGCUACCCGAGGCGACCGCCGAAGGCCUUCGUCCGACCGACGCCCGACAUGAUGAUUCGGGACAGGCACGCGCACGUCGACGGGAGCGGCGUCGUCUACCUGCCCUACCUGUCGUCGUGGCAGCCGCGCUGCGACCUGGUGCGGCUCGUCCAGGAGAUGUCGACGACCUUCGGCAACGACCCGCCUUUGUUCGCGCGACCGCAGAACCAGCCCCCCGUCCAGCAGAUUCCCACGACGCCCAUCUCGCCGUCCGUCCAGAUCAAGCAGGACGCGACCGUACGUGUGCGCCGGGCCGCUACGUUGCGUCUGGCGCAGCUCAAGGCGGCGAUUGACGUCGAGCUCAAGGCGCAGCAGAAGCUCCACGCAUUGACCGAUAGCGCCGCCGAGACGGAGCGGCGGGCGUCCCAGUCGCGGCGCGCCGCCGACGCGGCGGUCCUGGAGUUGGGUACGGCCCAGGACCAGUUGCGGCGCUGGUACGCGGCGACGUACGAGGACCCGCCCGUCCCAUCACUCAAAGGCGACGCCGACGCCGCGGCGCUCCUCGCGGCGCUCGCGCGCGCGAACGCCGCCGAGGACGCGCUCUACGAGCUCGACGCGGCGCUCGCCGACGGGCGCGUCGGCUUCGACGACUUUAUCCGCGACGUGCGGCGCCUCGCGCGGAAGCAGUUCUUCGACAAGAUGCGCGCGGCGAAGAUCGUCGCGAAGCGGUCGCCGGACCGGGGCGUGUAUAGGCAGUCCUUCUAGGGAAACAUUGUGCUUACACGAGAGGAGGGC